AAUCUUAUAUCUUGCAGAAGGGGCAAUCAAAUUCUAUAAAUCAUAAACUUUCAUUCGCCCUCGCACAACACAGAAGCUAAAAACCCUCUCUAUUGAUACACAAACAGACAUAUAGAGCUUUAUACUGAUAUUUUAAAUCUGAAGAAAUGACUCAAGUAGCAAGAUUAAUCUCUCGUAAUUCAAUGCAACUUGCUCAGCUCUCGCCGAUUUUAAGCAAGCAGCUCACUAGUUCAUCACCGUUACUUCAUCAACUCCGUUCUCCGUUAGCCGCUGCCUCUGUUCAGUCCGUGCGUCACUUUCGUUCGAGUCGCGAUAGCAGGCUUGAGCUUAAAGCACCAGUGAACUGGGGGAUCCGAAUUGUGCCUGAGAAAAAAGCAUUUGUGAUUGAAAGAUUCGGAAGAUAUGCGAGAACUCUUACUCCUGGAAUUCACCUUCUUGUCCCUUUUGUUGAUCGAAUUGCCUACGCUCACUCCCUGAAAGAAGAGGCUAUUCAGAUUCCAGAUCAGAAUGCUAUCACCAAGGAUAAUGUUAGCAUCUCCAUUGAUGGAGUUCUCUAUGUUAAGAUAGUUGACCCAAAAUUAGCAUCUUAUGGAGUUGAAAACCCGCUAUAUGCAGUUAUUCAACUUGCUCAGACAACUAUGCGUAGUGAGCUUGGUAAGAUAACACUGGACAAAAGUUUUGAGGAGCGAAGUGCCCUCAAUGAUAAGAUAGUGAGAGCUAUAAAUGAUGCUUCAAAAGACUGGGGCCUGAAAUGCCUCCGUUACGAGAUAAGGGAUAUUUCUCCUCCACUGGGUGUAAGGGCAGCUAUGGAGAUGCAGGCUGAAGCAGAGCGCAAAAAGAGAGCUCAAGUUCUGAUGUCUGAAGGAGAAAGGCAGGCACACAUCAAUAUAGCUGAUGGAAAGAAGAGUUCUGUUAUUCUUGCCUCAGAAGCUGCAAAGAUGGACCAAGUUAAUAGAGCUCAAGGAGAAGCAGAGGCCAUACUUGCAGUUGCACAUGCAACAACCAAACGAAUUGCUCUAGUUUCAGAUGCUCUUAGAAACCAUGGCGGACCGGAGGCAGCAAGUUUGGGGAUAGCAGAACAAUAUAUCGAUGCCUUCGGAAAUCUAGCAAAGAAGGGUAAUACGUUGUUGCUUCCGGCAAAUGCUUCAUCUCCUGCAAGCAUGAUAGCUGAAGCUCUUGGCAUAUACAAAAAUCUAACUGCCAACUGUUCUGAGUCUAAUGUCCCGGAGAUCUCUGAAGGCAGUUCUUCCGCAAGUAUCAAGGAUAAGAACUAGACUCGGGAAUCCAUGAAGGAGAAUCCGGUAACCAACUGAUCAAGACUAACCUGCUUUCUCUAGGUUCUCAAAUGUAGUAUAUUUAGUCAUUUGCAUUCAAUUAACAGUAUUUGCCAGUUAAGUAGGUAAAUUUUUUUAAUGAGAACAUCCAAGGAUUUCAGGGGAACUUGAAAGUUCAAUUAUCUUCAAAGCUUAUGCUCAUAUCAGUAUAUCUCAAUUAUUGACUUCUGAA